CACUUUACCGAGAGACGCACUUCAGGAUGUCGGUGGCUCUGCGCACGCAGCUGUUCCUCUUUCUGAUCUCCCUCUCAUCGAGGACGGGGCUCAGUCGCUACAUUGAGGACAACGAAGCUGCAGAUGGAUUAUUCUCUCUGCUCAGUUUGGACCAGAAAAGAGAGUCAGAGGAUUUCAUUUUCCGCCGACCUCUCAGAUGUUUGGAUAUGCUGGCCACCGACGGCUACUUCACCUUUGUGGCGUCUCAACCACAGCUGGCCUGCGCUGCCUUCAUCAUCGCUGAGCCCAACGAGGUCAUCAGCCUGGAGCUGUCCGACGUCAACAUCGACUGCAGCGCGGGAGACUUCAUCAAGAUGUUUGACGGCUGGGUCCUGAAGGGAGAGAAGUUCCCCAGCAGGCAGGACCACCAUCUCCCUCUACACCAGCGCUACACGGACUACUGCUCCUCCACAGCACCGGGGGCCACCAGCCGCUCCUCUCAGAACGUGGCCAUGAUCUUCUUUCGCAUUCACAGCCCCGACAGUGGCUUCACCCUCGCUGUCAGAAAGCUACACAACCCCUUCCCCUGUAACAUCAUGUCUCAGAGUCCAGAGGGCAGCUUCACCAUGGUGAUGCCACACCAGCGCAGGAACUGCAGCUUCUCCAUCAUCUACCCCGUGGAGAUCCGACUGACAGAUCUGAGCCUCGGGCAGGCCAAAAGCAAUGAACUCAGCCCAAAGGGACAGUUGUGGGCGGGCUGUUCGGGGUCAGGUGACCAUGUGGAGCUGCUAGGGGGGAAUGGGGUGGACACCUCUAUGAUGUUCCCCAUGGCCGACCUCUGUUUCUCCCUCACUGGGCUCGCCCAGAUGAAGAUUGGUUGUGAUAACUCGGUGGUGAGGCUGGUGUCCAGUGGGAACUAUAUCAACCGCGUCUCCUUCCAGUACCGACUACUGGAGCAACGUGAGCUCUCCAAGAACCGAGAGAAUGCUCUGGAUAACUUCUGCUCUGUGGAAUGAGAUCCCUGCACACACACACACACACACACACACACACACACACGUGUCCACACAGUCAUCCAUCUCUCUGUAAAUACACCCGUUUGACCAAUGCCGUCAGUACAUAUUUUGUAUUGUUUUGCCAAAUAUUUGAUUUAGUGUCCUUACAUUGUUCGCUUUGAUCAUAGAAUAUCUAUUUGAAUUAAAUCAAAUAGAUGGAGGAUGUUGGAUUUAAUUGUUUUCUGAUUAGUCGUUUGUCAAGAAUAUCUGGGAUAUGCUGUGUAUUUCUUGGCAAGAGCAUAUUCAUUUCCAACCUCUCUGUUCUCAGUUUAUAUCUGUUUCAGUAUUCUUUGGCAGGUUUUUCAGUCUCUGCUUUCUCUCGUGUUUAUAAU